GCAGAUGCCAAGAAAAAUUAGGCGAGAGGGAAGUUUGACAUAUUCCUUAUGUGCGUAUAUAAGAACAAUCGAUCAUCCACAGAUCGAGCUUGAACGUAGUAUCGAUCAACCAGUAUACCAAGUUUCGACCAGAGCUCAACGACGCAGCAUCUUUGAACAUGAGACUCUCUGGUGUUUUUCUCGGCCUUGUUGCCGUCACGUCUGGCCAUACAAUCUUCCAGAAGCUCUCCAUCAACGGAGCUGACCAAGGAGCAUUGAAGGGGGUUCGCGCGCCUUCAAGCAACAAUCCCAUUCAGAACGUCAACGAUGCCGGCUUCGCCUGCAACAAUAACAUUCAGUACAAGGACAACAAUGUUGUGUCUAUCGCCGCUGGUGCGAAGGUCGGUGCUUGGUGGGGACACAUUAUUGGAGGUGCUCAAGGCACAAACGAUGCCGAUAAUCCCAUCGCCGCAAGCCACAAAGGCCCUAUCGUUGUCUACCUGGCCAAAGUUAGCAACGCUGCUAGCACUGGCACGACGGGCCUCAACUGGUUCAAGAUUGCCGAAGCCGGCCUGAGCGGAAGUACAUGGGCGGUUGACACCAUGAUAUCAAACAAUGGCUGGCACUACUUCACUCUGCCCUCAUGCGUAGCUCCUGGAGACUACCUCCUACGCGUCGAAAUUAUUGCCCUUCACUCUGCCUCUACACAAGGAGAGGCCCAGUUCUAUAUGGAAUGCGCCCAAAUUCGGGUGACUGGCUCAGGCACCAACGCCGGCUCUAACACCGUCAAGUUUCCCGGCGCCUACUCUGCGACCGACCCAGGCAUUCUCAUCAACAUCUACGAUGGUUCCGGGAAGCCAACAAACGGCGGCCGCUCAUACAAAAUCCCGGGCCCUUCUGUGCUUAGCUGUUCAGGUUCUGGAAGUUCUGGAAGUGGCAAUGGGUCCCCUGCUGUUUCCAGCUCCGCUCCUGUGUCGAGCUCUCCUCCGUCCAGCGGCAGCGGCGGCAAGACUGUGGCUUUGUACGGUCAAUGCGGCGGUCAAGGAUGGACUGGCGGUACGACCUGCUCUCAGGGGACUUGCAAAGUCUCGAAUCAGUACUAUAGCCAGUGCCUGCCUUGAGUCUUGGAUCUAAAGAGUUAGCUGGGGCUUUGGAAAGAAUCGUAAUGGGCUUCUGGGUUCAAACUGCGCGCGCUGAUCGGGGGUUACAUGUACUUCCCGACCAAAGGCAGUAUGUAGCCACAUACGGCUGACCGAACUUGUCAACCAACAGACAGAUUGACAAGACAUAAUCAUCGUUGAUAUAUCUAUCCUGGUCAAUGUACCUGUUCUGUGCCAUACUCUCUGUUGGAGUGUGUGGAGCCACAACUUUGAACGAAAAUCACGCAGUGGAUCCAACCUAGACACCCUAGAGCGCCGAAAUGUUCAACAACAACUGGUCGGUUAGCUCAGUUGGUUAGAGCGUGGUACUAAUAUUUCACCAGAAAUGUUCUGUAAU